ACCCGGAUGUAACGUCAACAUUAGGUGCCUGGGCAUAGCAAGGCCCCAGAAGACGUGUCAGUGCAGCCCUCCGACCACACACCUUACUAACACAAAGAUGGCAGGAUUUAAGAUUCAGCUGAUGUUUAUCGGAUUUGUCCAGUUGUUUGUUUCGAACGAGGGUAUGAAGCACAUUUACAGAAAUGUCGAUGUUGAAGGACUAACGGCUCACAUCGAGUUCCUCGACCCCCAGGCCACGUCGUCCGUCGGUCUUCCAGAUGUUUUCGUAGCGGAAGUGAGGACAGACACUAACACCACCAGGUUGGUCCUGAGGAAGAACGUUGAUGUAGAUGAGAACGCCCCCGUGUAUGUUCCACGUCGUGGUGAAGAUGGAAAUGAUCAAGUUGUCAAGGACGACGUGCCAGACAUCAGGACGACUGCAGAAUAUCAGGAUUUGUCCAAUAUGGCGUCUGUCGAAAUAUCCCGUGUUAUGGGUACCGCUGGCACAAGUCGAUACCAAAUAACUGGCUUCCUGUCGCUCAAUGGGAAGCUGUAUAAUGUGGAACCGGUGACUAGAUCCAAGCGAAGUUCAGGAGGAGCUCAAUCUGGAGAUGCAUAUGAACUAACACCAGCUGUUGUGUCACCGGAUAUAAACAUAAUAGGAUUUAGAGGUGAAGGGUUAGACUCCGAUCAGGAUGAAAGUGAAUACCUCCAGGAUGAGGGUUUGCUGGAGGAUACUGCUGCUGAUCGCAGGAAACGCCAGGCUCAGCCUGUGUACAUUGACGUCAUAACACUGAUAGAUCAUGCAGUAUAUCAAAGGUGGCUCCAGCGAUCCAAAGUCCAUGUCAGUCUUCAAGCCAUUGACACGAAGCAAAAAAUUCGCCGUCAUUUUGCGCUGAUUGUGAAUGCGAUCAACUUGCGAUUCAAAUCAGCCUCAGAAAGGUACCACAUACGACUGGUUGGGUACUACAUUGAGGACGUCACGCCAGGGGAGUGGUUCACCCGGGUCCAGAUCCUUGACCAGGAAUACACAUAUUUGGAGAAAGGCAUCGAUGGCAAUCGUCUACUUGAAAGCGCUCAGAAUUGGAUCUCGUCUGAUGCUGGGUUUCCCCCGAGUGACCACGUCUUAACCUUUACUGGAAACAACCUAUACAGUGCUGAUAUUGGGAGCGCCCUGCUUGGACGGGCGGACGGAUUCGGCUCCAUUUGUAAGAACAUAUCAAGCAGUGUAUCCAUCGUGGAGUAUCGUGAUCGUAUGAUUGACGACAUGCUGGUGGCCGCCCAUGAAGUGGGGCACAGUAUGGGAGCACAUCAUGAUGGCGAAGGCAACUUCUGCUUCACAUUCGACGGUGACAACUUCAUCAUGAACAGCGGCUAUGAUGAGCACCACCCUCUAUUUAACAACGACGAGUUUGUGUUCUCUACAUGUUCAGCCACAUACUUCAAGAACCAUGUUGAUAAUCUUCUAAAUACUGGGUCUGCUGAAUCUAAAAAGUGUCUCCUGGAGAAACUACAGCCGUCGUCAGUGCCAGACAUCAGCGGGGAGAUGCCAGGCCAGCUGUAUGACCCAGACACUCAAUGUAAAAUGGCCUUUGGGGAAAAGUCAUACUUUCUCACAGGGGAAAGUGUAUUGAGCUUAAUAUGCAACAGAAUGUACUGCCAUGAUGAUACUAAGCUGUUCUCACAAUCAUUGCUCAACGCUGUUGAUGGAACGUCAUGUGGAAACAAAAAGUGGUGUGUCGCCGGACAAUGCGUUGCAUCGGACCGAUCCAUGAGGGAAACGGUAGGUCAACCACCCACAACCCCUUUGUUGGAUACAUUUUGUUCCAAAACAAACACCAAACACUUUCAAAACUUGUUAAAUUAUCAAUACGUUCUUGCCAGUUUAUCUUGAAUGAAUCAUCAUUUUCAAAGUAAUAAUGUCCGUCACAAACUGAUGCUAUGAUCACGCAGUGUCUCAGAAUAUUCUUUAAAAACUAUGCUUCUGACUGUUGAUUUAUUUUGGUAGGUCCCUCAUGUUGUAUCAUGUCUACUAAAGGUCGGUAUUAUCAUGGCAGUAUCGCAAAUAGCAGUUACUGUCGCAUGCGUGUCGUAAAAGGCGACUAACGGGAUCGGGAGGUCAGGCUCGCUGGUUCAUGCAUAUCAUCGACCCGAAUUGCGUGGAUCGAUGGUUAUGAUGUAAAUCAUUAGAUUGUCUGGUCCAGACUCGAUUAUUUACAGAACGCCGUCAUAUAGCUGGAAUAUUGCCGAGUGCGGCGUAAAACAACAAACCAAACCAAACCAGUUACUGUCGCACUUUUACUGGCACAAUCCUGGCAUUUGGUACUUGUAAGAUCUUCAGAAGUUAUCUUGAUUAAGGUCAAAAUCUGGAUGUACUGGUAUUGUAAAGGGCAAGUUUGUUUGUUGGUUGUUUUUUUGUUGUUUAACGCCGCAAUGACCGCGGUCUGUAAAUAAUCGAGUCUGGACCGGACAAUCCAGUGAUUGAAAUGUGCAUCGAUCCACGCAAUGGGCAUACGAUGCCGUAUUUUCAUUGCAAUAGACAUGAGAUUACGAUGAGAUGCAUCAACCAAGUCACCGAACUUGAACACGUCCAGAUCCUGUGAGUCGCCUCUUACGACUAGCAUGGUCGCUGUUGCUGAAGACCCAUUCAACCCAGAUCACCACGGGUCACCUAUGCUUAUGAGGCGCGACUAAAUGGAUAGGGUGGUAAGGUUCGUUAGUUGGUUAGUUUGUUGUUUAACGCCGCACUCAGCAAUAUUCCAGCUAUAUGACGGCGGUCUGUAAAUAAUCGAGUCUGGACCAGACAAUCCAGUGAUUAAUAUCAUGAGCAUCGAUCCACG